AUGGUGGGCAAACUUAACAAGUUGUUUGUUCUGAAAAGAGGGGGGAGAAUGGAAGAAGUACAUAUUGACAAGAUAACUUCAAGAAUAAAGAAAUUAUGCUAUGGUCUUAACAUGGAUUUUGUAGACCCGGUAUCUAUUACUCUGAAAGUUAUAAGUGGCAUAUACUCUGGGGUAACAACUGUAGAGCUGGAUAACUUAGCUGCUGAAACAGCAGCAACUAUGACAACUGAUCAUCCAGAUUAUGCAAUACUAGCUGCAAGAUUAGCCAUCUCUAAUUUACAUAAAGAAACCAAGAAACACUUUUCUGAUGUUAUUACUGAUCUAUACAACAUAGUUAAUCCUCAUACUAAAAAGAGGACACCAAUGAUUUCUGAUUUUCAUUAUAAUGUGAUCAUUCAAAAUAAGGAACGAUUGGAUUCUGCCAUUGUUUAUGACAGAGAUUUCAAAUACAAUUAUUUUGGAUUCAAGACUUUGGAAAGGUCAUAUCUUCUAAAAAUUAACAAUAAGGUAGCAGAAAGGCCACAGCACAUGCUGAUGCGAGUUUCUAUUGGUAUUCAUGGUGAGGAUAUUGAAGCUGCCAUAAAUACAUACAAUUUGCUGUCUGAAAAAUAUUUUACACAUGCAAGUCCAACUUUAUUCUCAGCAGCAACACCUCGUCCCCAAUUAUCUUCUUGUUUCCUGAUUGCAAUGAAAGAUGACAGCAUUGAAGGAAUUUAUGAUACCCUAAAACAAUGUGCUCUCAUUUCUAAAUCAGCUGGAGGGAUUGGACUUCAUGUCCACUGUAUUAGAUCAAAGGGUACUUACAUUGCUGGUACAAAUGGUGUAUCAAAUGGUCUUGUACCAAUGUUAAGAGUGUACAAUAAUACAGCUCGUUAUGUUGACCAAGGUGGUAACAAGAGACCAGGUGCUUUUGCCAUUUAUUUAGAACCAUGGCAUGCUGACAUAUUUGAAUUCUUGGAUUUGAAAAAGAAUACUGGUAAAGAGGAAGUGCGAGCAAGAGAACUCUUUUAUGCUUUAUGGAUACCCGACUUAUUCAUGAAAAGAGUGGAAGCCAAUCAGAACUGGAGUAUCAUGUGCCCUCAUGAAUGUCCUGGACUGUCUGACUGCUGGGGUGAAGAAUUCGAUGCUUUGUAUGAGAAAUACGAAAGUGAAGGUCGUUUCGUCAAACAAGUGAGAGCUCAAAUUUUGUGGAAAGCUAUAAUUGAAGCACAGGUUGAAACUGGAACACCAUAUAUGCUCUACAAGGAUUCAUGUAAUAGAAAAAGUAAUCAAAAAAAUCUAGGCACCAUAAAAUGCAGUAACCUUUGCACUGAAAUUGUUGAGUAUACUUCAUCAGAUGAAGUAGCAGUUUGUAAUUUAGCAUCUAUUGCAUUGAAUAUGUUUGUAAAUGAUGAUAAAACAUACAAUUUCAUAAAGUUGAAAGAAGUUACAAAAACUAUAACACAAAAUCUGAACAAAAUUAUUGAUGUGAAUUACUAUCCAGUUCCGGAGGCUAAAAAAUCAAAUAUGAGACACAGACCCAUUGGAAUUGGAGUACAAGGAUUAGCUGAUGCCUUUGUUUUAAUGCGCAUACCAUAUGAAAGUGAAGCUGCAAUUAAAUUAAAUCAGCAGAUAUUCGAAACUAUUUAUUAUGGUGCACUAGAAGCAAGUUGUGAAUUAGCUGAGAAAUUUGGAGUGUAUGAGACAUAUGAAGGUAGUCCGGCUAGCCAGGGCAUAUUACAGUAUGACAUGUGGAACAAGGUGCCUACUGAUUUAUGGGACUGGGCCUCUCUGAAAGAGAAGAUUGCAAAACAUGGUCUCAGAAAUUCGCUUUUGUUAGCCCCUAUGCCUACUGCUUCCACAGCUCAGAUAUUAGGAAACAAUGAAUCUUUUGAACCCUUCACAUCUAACAUCUACCAAAGACGUGUUUUGUCAGGAGAGUUUCAGGUGGUAAAUCAUCAUCUACUGCAUGAUCUAACCGUUGCUGACUUGUGGGAUGAGGACAUGAAAAACUUGAUCAUUCAUAAUAAUGGGUCUAUUCAAAACAUUGAAUCUAUACCUAAAGAAAUUAGAGAUUUGUAUAAAACUAUUUGGGAAAUAUCUGUAAAAACAACGAUACAAAUGGCUGCUGACAGAGGUGCAUUUAUUGACCAAAGUCAAUCUUUUAAUAUUCAUGUUGCUGAACCAAAUUACGGUAAAUUAACAUCUAUUCAUUUUUAUGCUUGGAAAAUGGGAUUGAAAACUGGAAUGUACUACUUGAGAACAAAACCUGCAGCCAACGCAAUUCAGUUUACAGUUGACAAAACUAAAGUAAAAAGUAAGGUCACAAAUGGUAAAGUGGAAAUGAAUGGCAAAUCAGAUGUAGAUGAUGCAAAUAUGGCUGCCAUCACCUGCUCUUUACAAAACAGAGAUGAAUGUAUGAGCUGUGGUUCUUAA